AUGAUGAUGACUGGCCGUGUGCUGCUGGUGUGUGCCCUCUGCGUGCUGUGGUGCGUUGCCGGCGGUAGAUGUGACGGGGAUGGUAGUGGUAUUACUGAACCACAAGAUCAACCAUCGAAGGCUUCACAGUCUUUAUCUCAAGACGGUCAUGCAGAACAACUGGAAAUAACAAAUUCAAUCGGUGGAGUAGUGAACAACUCAAAUGAACUGUUAAAUGGGCAGGACGGUAAGAAUGGCAGCCCUCAAACAGGUUCUGUCGAACAACCAGCAACA